AUGCGGAUAAGCUCAUUGAUGCAAAAAUUAAAGAAAAUUCAAGGAAAUAAAAGCUCUAAAGAGAAUAAUAGAUUGGAAACAAGUCUACAAAAUGAGCUAAAUGAAUGGCUUUAUAGAAGUGAGGUGCUUUGGAGGCAAAAAUCUAGAGAAUUGUGGUUGAAAGAAAGGGAUAAGAACUCCAGGUUCUUCCACUUAUCAACAAUUAUUUGCAGAAGAAGAAACACUAUAGAGGCAGUUAAUAAUAAUGCUGGGGAUUGGGUCGCAGAGCCUAAGGAAAUAAGGAAUGUUUUUCUAGAAAAUUUUAAGAUAUUAUUCAGUGAAGAAGAGGUUGAAACUCCUCAGCAACUAGAUGAUCUUGUCAACCCUUGCAUCUUGGAUGUGGAGAACCAAUUGUUAUGUAGCAUACCCUCUCCAAAAGACAUCAUGAAUACCUUGUUUCAAAUGAGUGACCUCAAAGCUCUUGGACCUGAUGAUUUUCCUGUGCUAUUUUACAAAGAAUAUUGA